GAGGUAAUGUAUGCAGCGCAAAGAAACAUGUUGCUGUUGCAUGUGUGCAUCAGUGCCGGUGUCCUGCUGUGCCUCCCUCAGUGGACCACUGGAGUUUGCACCGAUGGGACACCCAAACAGUGUCAGGAAGCAGAUAUCGCCCCGGGAACCAAUCUGGCAGGCGAAGGCUUUGACAUAACCACCAUGGAGCGCAAAGGAGCCUUCGUGCUCAACAUGGAUGCCUGGAGACGCAAGGAUAAAAAAUGCACCCUGUGCAUCAACCCCUUCAUGGAGAACAAGAGGCAGAAGCUGCCGCUGUCCGUACUGGACUGGAGGGCCAAGCAGUCCUGCAACUCCAAGGUGUCGUCCAAGCUGCACAAAUCCAGCGAGUCUCUGGUCAGCUCCACUUCUUCUUCCGUUGAGAACAACUGGAAAGUAGGCUUAGAGUUUCAAACUAUAAAAACGGGUGUGUCGUUGAUGCUGGCUGGAACCAACUCUAAAGUAGCUGAUUACUCCAUGGAGAAAACUAAGAAUGACAAGUUCAGCUUCUCAAGCCUCGGCAUGUCCUGCGAGUACUACAGCUACCGAGUGUCAAACGAGCCCAGGCUGCACAGGGAAUUCAGCAAAGCGGUGGAACGGCUUCCUCCGGUGUACAGCUCUGAAAGCAAGGAGCAGUUUUACAAACUCAUCGACAACUACGGCACCCAUUACAUCAGCAAGGUGAAGUUGGGUGGAGAUGUUCAGUCUGUCACCAGCAUUCGCCAAUGUCAGGCCAGCCUGCAGAACCUCAGUACAGAGGAGGUCCAGAUGUGCCUGGAGGUGGAGGCGUCUGCAAGCUUCAGGGUCACGGUAAAAACUGAAUCAAAACACUGCAAGAAGGACGUAGAGAAAUCAGAGAACAAGGCGGCGUUCUCAAGCCUCUUCAACGACAGGUUUACAGAAAUCAAAGGGGGCCAUACCACAGAGCCAGACCUCCUCUUCUCCGGUGAUAAAGACCCAUCGGCCUACAAGGAAUGGCUCAAGUCGAUUCCACAGAGUCCUGAUAUAAUCUCGUAUUCUCUGGGCGCUCUGCAUGAACUCCUGCCUCCUAAAUCACCAACAUGGUCCAACCUGCGCUCAGCCAUCUCCCAUUACAUCCUGGAGAAAGGUCUGGUGGUCAACUGCACCGAGCGUUGUAGAAAAGAUUCGAGGGAUCAGUGCGUCUGCCAGUGCCAAAACGAUGAAGCGGUGAACCAGGACUGCUGCCCGAAGAAGAAAGGCAUGGCCCGGUUGAUUGUAACCGCACAGAGGGCUACGGGUCUGUGGGGAGACCACUUCACAUCCACAGACGGCUUUGUGAAAGUCUUUUACAAUAAAAAAGAACACCGCUCACAAGUCAUCAACAAUAACAACAACCCAAACUGGAAUAUGGUGCUUGAUCUGGGUUCACAAGAUCUGUCUGUAGCAAACAAAGUGAGAUUUGAAGUUUGGGACCAGGAUAACGGCUGGGAUGACGACCUCUUGGGAUCCUGCGAGCCGCUUCUGAAAAAUGACAUCAAGGAGGACGUCUGCAACAUGAACCACGGCCGGCUGUACUUCAAACUGGAAGUGAAAUGUGCUCCGAGUCUGACCGGCGCUUUGUGCACAGAGUAUCAACCUACGCCGAUGAAUCAGAGCCUGAAGAAUCUUUACGUGUCGCGUCACGCCCAUCCUAUUCCCAAAGCCAUGCUGCUGGAGAUGGGAGUGUUUCUGAACGAAUCCGUGUCUGCAAAGUUAACUUUUAGGAAAAACCAGAGUCUUACUGCUAAAAGGCAAACAUAUUAUCUUAAAUAAGGCAAAUGUGCAGCACUGCAAAAACACAAAAUUAUACCAACUACUUGUGGACAAGUUUCUUGUGUAUAUAUCUUCAUACACUUGAAAUAAGACAAAAAUAACUUACAAGUAACUUUUCUGCAAAUGCUUGUUUUAAGUCAAUAAUUCCUUAAAUGUUACCUAUUAUUCCUCCUUGAACAGGUUAGGACAUGUCUAUGGACUACACAAAUUAUGUUCAUUAGAUGUUUUUGCAAAAAAAUCAUUCUUAGAUUUUAGUCUGUUCAGUUCAGAAUGAGCUGUUUCAUGGCCUCUUGUCACUUCUAAUCCAAAUAAGAUGCUGCUGGCCACUCCUCCAAACUCAACAUUUACACUCACACAUGAAAAUGGGUGCUAAUAGAUGUGCAAUCAUACACUUUUGAAAAGCAGAAGUGGGGCCUCCUGCAAAACCAACAGGAAUGCAGCAAGUUGUUUCUGCGUGGUAAAUCAACACCAAAACACUUGCCUUUUCCAACAGCCAUUGUACAGCACAAACAGCAGUAAAAUCAGCUGCCUAACUAUGGAGGAGGUCCACUCAGGUUGCUAGGUAACGGGUGGAAUUCUGCUGGGGUUGCUAGGUAACAGGCCUGGGUUUCUGAUUUGUGACGUUACUUUCUGGAGAUGUUUGAAAAGACUCAUUUUCCAGACACAAUAAACAUUAACUCAUUGUAAAAAAACUGGCUGAGUGGCCUGAUCUUUUAAGAAGUGCAAAGAACCAAAUGAAAGUACAAAAACAUACAUCAUGCAAAUUUUAGCAUAAUAUGUCCCGUUUAAUAUUGAUGGAAAAAGUGCUAGCUCUACUGGCAGAUUAUUUCACUUAUUACAAGACAUUUUUCCCAUGUCAUGUGAAAUGAUCUGCCAGUGGAGUUAGCACUUUUUAACCAAUUUUAAGGGAUUAUUGACUUAAACAUUCUUCUAUAGCUUACUGAAAAGUCACUUGUAAGUUAAUUUUGUCUUAUUUCAAAUUUACUAAGGUAGUUGCACUAUAAACUAGACAAAAAUACUUGCUAAAAUUUUGUGUUUUUGCAGUGAGAUUAAUUAACGUUGCUGGCUCUCUAUUGCUGAGAUCAUUAUCUGCACGCUUUGCUUUAAAUGACAACGUUUUUAGACAAGAAAGCAGCAAAGAACUAUUGUUUCUUUCAAAAAAAUGAAAAAAAAAUAAAUAAAAUAAUUACACAGCCACAGAUGUAGAGGCAAUCAGACAGGAUAAGCACACUUUGCUUGCAUGUUGGUGUAAUAAAAACAUAAAUUCACCCAGGACAAAUGUACAAAUGUUUCACCAUCUGUCAAACUCGGAUUGUUGCAAAUUUGGUCCAUUUAUGGAUUAUUUUUUAUGAUUUUCUCAUGUGUUGGCUCAGAUACACUUUGUUUACUCAUUUCUGCUUAUUUUUAAUUUUUGUUCAUUUCUGUUCAUCUUCAUCAUGCAUGGCCUAACAUCCCCUUUUGAAAACAGCUGAGUUCAUUCCUUAUUUACAUAAAUCAUAUAAUUAAUAAUAAAAGAAUAAAGUAUAAGCAUUUUUUCAUAAUUGACUAUAUCCCAAAGCCAAAGUCAUGUAUCAACAUUGUUUUCUCUUACAGAAAUGGCAACUGUGAUUAUUACAAAUAAUUAGAAUAAUUCGAUUGCUGUUGUCUUCAGUUUUACCUUUAUAGAAAGACAGGUUAGGUUAAACUGAUUUAUUUUUAUUAUUUGAAUAUUCUACGCUGCUGAAUUAUGCUGUACUGACCGUUGCAAAGCAUUACUAAUUAAAAAAAGUUUAUAAAAUUAUAGAGAAGUUGUGCACCUUCUCUAAUCAAAAAUUCA